AUGGACGAGGUAGGAAGUUUGCAAGAAACAUCAAAUUGGGAAAAUAUACUACAAUCUUUGGGGAUUGAGAAACUCGUAAAUGAUAUUGAGAUGGAGGAUGUCCAGGGAAAGGUCUUGGAGUCCCUUGAAGAGUGGGAGGAUUUUUAUUACACAUACUCUUUGUGGGUAGGCUUCAGCGUCCGCAAAGCAAAUGUAUGGAAAAAAAAUGGGAACAUCACCAUGAGAAAAUGGGUAUGUUCAAAAGAAGGUUUCCGCAAACACAUGGAAAUUGACAAGACCGAUGGGAGCAAACAAAAAACAUCUAUUACUAGGACUGGUUGCCAAGCUAGUUUUCGAGUCGUAAUGAUGGGCGAUGAUGGUCCAUGGAUUUGCAAGGAAUUCCAACCUCUGAACAACCAUGACAAGGUAGCAUUAGAUGAGUUGUAA